GUACAAACGCGAUUUUCCAAGAAUUGCUGGCAGUUCUGUCGUCUUUCGUUAAUAAUCAUUAAUGUUUUUUGUUUUUUUAUAACAGCAUUUAAUUUUUACUGUAUUGAGUCCAUGAUCAACAAGAUAUACGAAGCGAGACAGGUAAUUGUGGAGAUUUAAUGUAAAACCAUAUUCCAAGAAGUAAUACAGCAUGUAGUAUCUAAGAGCUGUUUGACAGUUUAACACUGAUGAAUUCAGCAACCAGUAAUUCUGAGAGUAAAAGGAAAACCUUUUCCUCAGCAAGAAGUGAGGCAGUGGAUGACGACUUGAAUAUCACAUCGGAUGAUGAUGUGUUUGUUUCUACCAGUCAGGCCCGUGUGCAGCAAAGAUGGCCCAGUCGAAUGAUACAUAGAAGUCACAGCUCUCCUGAGUGCCUGCCGGAUCUGCUAAAAAACAUUCCAAUUUGCUCAUAUGAUGAUCCACAAAAUCCAUCUGGUGCAAAGAGUGCAGACACAAAUUCUUUGAUGCAAGUAGGUGAUGGCAAGGAUGUUGGUAAUCCAAAGAAAGUCAUUAACCGGUCCAAGUCGGUUCAUUUUGAAACACCAGAAGAUGAGGCUGCCCCCAUAUCUGCACAUGGUCAAGAAAGCAGACAGGUGUUCAGGAAUCUCAAGUCCAGUGGGUAUGGCACCGGUGAGAGUUCCCUGCAGUCUCAAGCCAGUCAGAGGUCAGACUUCAGCGAUUCUUGUGCUGCUAGUAGUAGUACUGAGUUACCAUAUCUGAGUAUUUUUCAGUCUUCUACCCAGUUAUCCGACUCCCAUACUGUAUACAUCCGUGAGAGCAUGAAUGUGCCAGAUCUGAGUAUUUUCGAGAAGACCAGUGGAGGAAGCUUACGUCUUGAUCCUGGCCUAGAUUGCUUUGAUGAGCCCGACUCUGGAACCAUGAUGGCUACAUGUGAUCCACAAGUUGAAACUCAGGACAGCACCACGUCUCCGACCCUGUCUAAGCUGUAUGACGAAAAGAUACUGGAGGAAUCGAUGCAGCAAGGCUCCUGUCCAUUGAGUCAAACCCACGCAGACGCCAAGAGGAUUCUCACCGACAUCGCACUGAUGCAUCAUGGUGACAAGCAGCAACUGGCUCGGUGCCUGCUGGAGAUGUCGUCCCUAGAAAUGGCCACGCCUCAGCACAUGUUUGACCUGGCCAAUACUAUUCAGCAGAUCAUGUCGGACAGCUCCACACCACCACCCCCUAGUGUCAGUCCUCACACCAUGUUACAGUAUGCCGGUACUGAUAUCUUUCAUGAAGAGAACACAGAGGAAGCAGAUCAAAUACUACAGGAUCUUUAUGAGAAUGAGUACAGGGCAGAGACAAACUUGAGCAAUAUCAACUUUUACCUUAUAAGAAUCCUGGAAAGAGCAUACCGGUGUCAUGACCAGAUGUGCAGAGAUGAAGAGUGUUGCAAGGUGAAGAAAUUGAUAAAUAAUUUUAAGACGGCCGUGCAGUGCAACCAGCAACCAAAGAAGACAGAUAUCCAACUUCUGUACAGCCUACGAGCCCACAGUGAGCGCUGUGAUGCCUUGAAGUGCUCUGUGCCCUGGUGUGCCCUGCUCAAUAAAGUAGAUCCAUGGGAUGUUUCUGAAGCGAUUAAUGAAAUAUUUACUGACUUCGAAGGACCGAUCCUGACACUGUGUGAAGACCCCGAGUCAACAGUACAGAAAUUUCUAUUUUUGGGAGAUGAUGAUGUGCUAAGCUCGGGAACCUUCACAGAAGGGAAGGACUGGUACGUGCUGUCCCCACUAACUGAGUCGGGCAGUGUUUUUCUUGUUCAGGACUUCCGGCCCAAACUGAAUGCUGUAUUUGUGGUGAAGAAGGCAGUUCUUCUUGACUAUGAUCAACAGUGGCGUGUGUAUGAAAACCUGCGAGGUCUAAACUGGGAACACGUCGUUCAACACCACUGGGUGAUGGAGAGAGACACAGCUUUGUUCAUUUGCACAGAGUUCCACCACUCUGGCACCCUGUUACAGAGGAUUGAAGAGCAGGGACACCUGCAACCCGGUGACGUGGCAGUCUUCAUGAGGCAGAUAAUGGACGGGGUCCGAGCUCUUCACCUCAGAGGAAUCCUCUACCUCAACUGGACGAGUUGUAACAUGCUACUGGUGAACAACAGGACGGUGAAAAUCUCAAACCUGUCGAUAUCGGUCAGACUGACCGGGGACGAGGACUACUCGGAAAUCAAAAACUGUCUGCCGGCCGUUAUUUUACCACCAGAGUUUUUGACUUCGACUCCCAAUCUGACAUUAGCCUCUGAUUCGUGGGGCUGUGGUUGUCUUGUUCUUGAGCUGUUGUCGGGGAAACGCGUCUGGCAUGGUUUACGGCACUGUAGCCAGGAGGAAAUCUGGAACAAGUUGUCAAAGAAAGCCUCUCCUCCAGUACCUGCCGAUGUGGGAUAUUUUGCACAGGUUUUGGAUGCCUGCUGGAAGAUUCCCCAGACUCGCAGAAAGUCAUUGCAUGAAAUUCAGCAAAUGUUAAGAUAACCAAUGUUAUGGUUCUGGUUAAAGGAAAUAAUGUUAAUAAUCUAACACAUUGUUUAUUAAUUACUAUAUGCUUCGAAUAGUGCUCGCUUAAUUCGUUUAAUCAUUUAUUAUUGUGUGACCUAAUAAAACAUUACAUACAGA